AUGGAUCAUACAGAGUUUGUCGGCUCGCAGGUCGGCGGCGAGUCUGUUAUUAACUACAGCUAUACAGAUAUGCCCUGGCGGUUAAUGAUGUGGGAUGUGAGAUACUUCUUCACCUUUGCUUGGGCUCUGCCUUGGGUAAUCUGGCCUCUCCGACCCUGUGACGGUGACCAUUUUGAUGAGCUUUCGUUUACUUGGGAGAAUAUAUGGUGUAUGAUCAUACAUGCAAUUCUUGUGGUCCUUCAGUUAUUAUUCAUAUUAACGCUGCCUUUGGCUGUCUUAUUUCCGGUCUGGAUGGUGGCAGUGGGAAUGGCGGCCUUCUUUACUUUGAACUGGCUAAUAUGCCUGGGUUUGAAUGGUAAAACUAUUACCUUCACUUCCGACCCGAAAUAUGCACCAGCUCUAGAAGAGCAUGCACAUGAGCAAUGGAUUUUCCUAAAUGGCGUUGCUGUCGGAGAAGCUUGGCUUAAGAGCAACAUCAAUCGUUUGGCUCUCACUUUCAAGCGACCAGUUAUUGGUGUUCACAACCGAACUACGGGCAUCAUAUUUGACGUUGUCGAGUGUCUAGUACAACGUAAUUUCGGAUACGCUACAAGCGACAUUCGUGCGGCUUAUAAGAUCAUCAAGGAAAAGCUAUAUAACCCACAAUACACCAAAGUAGUUUUCAUUUUGCACUCGCAGGGUGGAAUAGAAGGUGGUUUGGUCCUCGACUGGCUACUUCAAGAGCUACCACAAAAUCUCUUAUCAAAGCUUGAGGUAUAUACGUUUGGGAAUGCCUCUAAUCAUUUCAACAAUCCGCAUCGACAUGUCCUGUCUUUGGAUAUGGAAAAGAAAGAUUCAAAAGAAGGCACACAGAUCCCCACUACCAUUGCCGAAAUCCCGCUCACCGACUCUCCAGUCGAGGCCCAGUCAUUAUCAUUGAGGAGGCGACCGUCAAACAGUAGUGGAACUUCGUUUGAAGUUAAUAGACGGGUCCCGACGCUCACUUCGCUCUCAAAGGAGUCAAGCGCGUCACAUGCGACGGCUUAUACCGUGCCGGCAUCCGAUCGCGCGAUCGCUCAUGUCGAGCAUUAUGCCCAUACGACCGAUUUUGUCGCUUUAUGGGGAAUUCUUCAUUUCGUAACAAACGAGCGCGCAUCUCCGGAAAUGCCUCGAUAUAUUGGACGCGUGUUCAAACACACUUCUCCACGGGGCGGACAUCAAUUCUCUCAGCACUAUCUGAACGAAAUGUUUCCUCUCAAACGAAAUGCCAAGGGAGAAUUUACGGGCUGUGCUGACCGCAAUGAUUUCAUGAGCAGCGUUAUAGAAGUGGCUGAAAAGGGCACGGAAAAAGAUGACCUGCGCGAAGCUGUUGAAAAUAGUUGGUCCUUGAUCGAGCGUGCCGGCCGAAAGGGAAGUAUUGCUCAGGGCGAAGUUGUGGUACACGGCAGUUUUUACGAAAACAAAGACGAAAUUGAUGACGGCAAAGUCAGAGUGAAAGAUCUAAGUCGAUUGUGGCAAUACCGAAAUGGAAAGAGCCCGCCUGAUCAUCCUAGGGAUCUGAGAAGGAUGACGCUUGAAUAA